UGUGUAGGCAGGCCCUAACGAGCGACUAAAUACCCUGUAUCCAUCAUAAACGCGGCUAUCCAGUCGUAUCGGCCUCGCAGUGGCGCGUCAUCGGACACAGCAAUACCCGCCGUUUGGUGCCAGAUAACUGGGUUGUGCGGCUCUUUCGUCAUAGACCAAGCCUCCCUUGUCGAUUUGCGACUACCACCGCCAAGUCUCGCCGCCGAAGGACCUUCUGAGAUCUUCCCUGUUUCUGCCUACCCAGGGCUUUCCCCCGAGGUCAACUCUUCCCAACAUGACUUGGGAACUCACCCGACGCCGAUGGACUCGUGCCAUCAACAGUAAAUAUAUUUACGACCGCGUUCCUCUACUCCAUGCCAUCGUCUUCUUCAUCGAGAUGGCUCUAAUCGCACGAUUGUCGACCCGGUUCAAUGCCUACUACGACGAGCGACCAAUCCUCACCAUGAUGGUGACAAACGCCGUCCUCGGAGGCGUCGCCGACACCGUGGCCCAAUCUAUAACCGCCAUCCGAGAGCGGGCCCUUAGAAAGUGCCCGCCGGGCCAGUCUCCGAACUCGAGGGACGACCCGAUCGCCGUUGAGAUCCACGAGCUGGACCGCAAGCAGCCCUUCCUCGACCGCGACCUGAUCCCCGAGUCCAAGGCGCUCCCGCCCCCGUUCGACUUCGAGAGGCUGACGAGAUUCAUGGCAUACGGCUUCGGCAUGGCGCCGAUCCAGUUCCGGUGGUUCAAGUUCCUCGAGCGGUGCUUUCCGAUGACGAAGACGAGCGCCUUCGUCCCGGCCCUGAAGAGGGUGGCCUUCGACCAGCUGAUCUUCGCCCCCUUCGGCCUCGGCUGCUUCUUCACCGUCAUGACCGUCGCCGAGGGCGGGGGGCGAAGGGCCAUCUGCCAGAAGCUGCGGGACAUGUUCGUGCCGACGCUCAAGGCCAACUACAUGCUCUGGCCGGCCGUGCAGAUUAUCAACUUCCGCCUGAUGCCGGUUCAGUUCCAGCUGCCGUUCGUUUCCACCGUCGGUAUCGCUUGGACGGCCUAUCUCUCGCUUUCGAACGCGGCGGAGGACGCCCAGCUAACACGUUCUCCACUUGACUCGCCGCGGGUUCGGUUGGAGUAGGACAUGACCGCGACACACACACACACACACACACACGCACAUCAUGUUAGGUAUUGGGCUAUGGGUUAUAUAACAUUCCACCGCAUUGGGUGGCCAGCACACGGAAGGUUCGGUGUGCAACACGG